AUGACUUCUGAUCGCAAGAAGAAGACAAAAAAAAUAGAAAAUGUCUCCUCGGAGCAAUGUGGUGGUCCCAAUCAUAAUUUAGCCGUCACUAAGGCUGGGUUAAAGCCUAAGAUUGCCGGGCCCCCAGGUAACCUGGUUUUUUUAGGAUUGUCAUACGGUUUCAUAAUAUUCUCUGCAUCGAUUCGAUGAACACUUUUUCUGGCGUGUUUCUGAUAAAAGAAAUGCACAUAAAAAUCUGUACGGGGGAUACCUAUAUAACACUACACAUGAACCAGGGCUCCACAAGUGUUCGAACUUAAGUUCUUCAAGUUGUCGUGGCUGCGUGUUGUCUGUAAAAUAGGCGGCGUGCCAGACACCUCUCUUGCCGUUCAGCGCUUCGCUUUCGGUGCAAAUCGAAGAGGGAUUCGAAUGGAUGCACGAAUGUUGGGUUGGAAUAAAUGUAUUUUAUCCUACUACUCGUUGUUGGAAUCGUUGGUGCACCCGAUGGCAAGGCAAGACUUCAAGAGCCGGGCACAGUGAGCAGCCCAAGGAUUCUCGCUAAAGCAGACAAAAACGCCGCUUUACAAAGUACACCCACUCAAGUUCAAGGCAAAAAAAUUUUAGAACUCAACAUGACUCCAAGUUCAUGCUGAACGUUGGGCCUCCGACAUAAAAAAAACUUUUAAAAGUCGACUUCUGACGAAAUCAUUUUGCCUUACCACGCUGAUUGGAAGAGGAAAACUGCAAUCUAUUACUAGCCCUAAUUUCCGCAGUAACCUGUUCCCAUUUUGUGCCACCCUGUACGUAUACGUCUCCAGCAUCGAAUCUGAUAUGACGUAGACUACAAAACAACCUCAAACACAGACGCCGAGAGCGAAUUGUUCCGCUUUGAUGAAAAAUUUGUUGACGAACUCUUAAUCGGGCUAAUCCCUCCAUCAUUAUAUCUAAAGGCUACACCUGACGAUGUAAAUAUUUGCUCGCGCGGUAACGACAUUUUCAAUCCGGCAUGGCGGAAUAAUUAAAAUUUUUAAUUAAUAAAGGGCCCAUCGAACUGCGUUGAAUCCGCAAAAACACUUUCCAAUCAUCGAUUAAUUGCGGCGGAUUAACGUGGAUUAUCGGCGGCUCAAAGAUGUAUACUUUUUUUAAUUUCCUGGGGUCAGCCGCUAAAUUUAGAGUUUAAUAUAUCAAGUUAUUUUAAUUUACGAGAUGUUUUCCGGAGGAAAUCGGAAAUUAAAGGAUACAUAAUUGGCUUUUUCACUUUAGGUGGAUCAAAGCUUCUGAAAUGUUUGAAUCACGUAUUAGCGGCGUCGCUAUAGUCAACCUUCUGAAGGGUUUAUUAACAAGGGAAGUAACCGAAGUGCGACGCUCAGAUUUUCGUUAAAUUCUGCGCAUACAUCGGGCAUAGGUCACAUAUCAAUUGCCAGAAGCUCGCGCUAUGCAGGAGGAGCCGAGGUGUACAGCAAUCUUUCCUGUCGCGGGAGUGCUCAAAAGAUGGAGAGCCGUCAGAGAUAAUACCACGUUUUGCCAAGCCUGCUAAUUUCGGAAAAUCGAGAAGGUUUUGCAUAUAACAAGCAUUACGGUCACCGGUAGAAAAAGACGCAGAAAUAUUCAUACCAAAAUUCGCGAAAAAGGGCCACAUUUUGCCUGCUUUCGACUUAAAAAUCUCCGUCGUUUCUGAAAAUUGCCAUCUUAGAACCUCGGGUAUGCCUCAGGAAAAAUUCGUCUAAAUUUUUGCCAAGUUUCAUCAAAAUUUGAGCGGCGCUUACGGGAAUUUAUGAAGUUGUUCUACAUAUGAGCGCAACUAAAGCUUAUUGUCAGAAAAGCAUAAUCGAAAUUCGUAUAAAAACGCGACAAGGUUUUACCACUCCAUUCCAAGUACCCACACUAGAAGCUGUUCACAAAAACUCCAUUUUUGGACGCCCCCAAGCAUAAACAAAUUGAGAUUAUCGUCGCAUUUGUAGGGUAAUAUCACUUUUCCCCAUCUAUUUUUAUCUAAUGCGCGUCAAUGGCAAUGAAGACCAAGUUAAACAGCAAAGAUUGGGAAAAUGCUGCGCGCAACUACAAACUUGCAAACUGAAGGACGUUUAGGUACAUACAAAAAGUUGCAUGCAAUAAUCAGAAGAUAAAAGUGUAAUUAGUUCUUAUUGUACUUACAAGGCAAGUACUACAAGUACUAUGGUCAGAUUUUCUUUAUAUCUUGUACACACGUUGUGCAUAGGUCACGUAGCAACUCUUAAAAGUUUUAGCCCGCACUUUGCAGGGGCAGCCGAGAUAUUCAACAAUCUUUGUCGCCGAUAGAGUACAAAAAAACGUAGAGAGCGGUCACAGAGAAAAACAAGCUUUGUGCCACCUCUGAGCUUCAUAAAUUUAGGAUCUUUCUGUCAAUUGCAUGCUACUCCAUCGCGGGCCAGGUCGACAAAAAUUUGAAACGGCCCGGACCAAAUCAGAACCAUGUCGCUUCCCUCUUGCACGGCAAAAAAUGGUCAACAGCUCCUAAAACGCUAAUGACACAGAAGCUAAUGAGACAAAAUGAAACAAGCCCAAAUACGGUCACGGUCGACCUUCAUCUAUUUUGUCGUCUUAAUCAGACAACGGCCGAAACAAAAUGAGAAAAGAAACGGUAAGCUCAUCGUGCCUAAUGAGGCACAAAAUUGGAUCCCGAGUGAAUUUGGACACCAUUCGCAUUAACCUCUCACACCCGCCCGCAUAAACAGGUCAGAUUUGGGAGCGCACAUGCUUGUCCGAAUGGUCUUGAUGCGUGUCAGUUUACAUUCAAGUUCAAGUGAAACAAAAAUAAAGAUCGCAUUCCUAUGGACAUGAAGGAUCGGCAGGGGAUGUGCCGGAUUUACGAUGCUCAAGUUUUAUUGUUAGUAAAACUUGGCCCAUUUUUAGAAUAAAGCUCUUAUAGGACUUAUGUCACGCUUCCUUUUUCUUUGUCCACGCAAAACUGUAAAAGCAAAAAGCAGUUUUUAUCUCGCCCACAUUCCACAACAUGCCUACUCGGCCGCAAGAUCAUAGAAUAUCUCGGCUGCCCUUGCAAAGCGCGAGCUAAAACUUUAAGAAUUAAUGCGUGGCCUAUAUCGAAGAGAAAGCUUUCUAUUAGACCAUCAAGACGUCGCACUUUUUCUAUGAAAAAGUGGCUAAGAUUGGCCAAAAAGGGGUUUUCUCUUCGACAAACAAAGAUCGUUGGAGAUCCAUACCCGCGAAGUAUGGAUCUCCAACACUAGCUGAAACUUUUAGGAAUUGAAUGGGCUUAUUUCCGUCAGUCGUAAUUGUUAAUUGUAAGCAAGAUAAAUGCAAUGCUUUUGUGAGAAAAAUAUGACAUCUUACAGAUGGAUUGGAGCUUAGAGUAAGAGUUUACAUCCUGGUUGGCAAUUUGUUAUCUAACAAAGUCUCUACUACAUUUCUGCCUGCGUUUUAACAGACUCGUUGAAAAAAUACAAAUGAUGAAGCGUGGUUGUGUAGUUGUAGCCCGUACAAUCAUGUUGUUUUGCUGUUGAUGUAUUUUGUUAUUCCAAGAAAUGCAAUAAACACGAUUAACCGAUGUAAAGGAGCUUACAAAGAAAAGUGUGACGCUCAGAUUUUUCCGAAGCCAUCCGCCAUUCUGUUGUCAUCUCGUAAAGCGAUAACAUGCACAGUCAACACUUUUUUUAUUUGAUCACACUCCUAGAACGUAUGAAUGGUAUAACAGGAGUUUUAGGAGUAAAAGUUCAACUAUCGCGCUGUUAUUUCCUUCUCAGCAGCCCAGUUUCCUAUGCGGAAGUCAGGCGGUAUAGACGCCCCAUAUUUUUUUAUCUAGAUGAGGAAGACGACCUUGAAUUUUUGCUUUUUUGUGGUCCAAAAAAGUACCAAAGCCAGGCAUUUUCAAUACAGGGUGUACCAAAUUCGGUGCCCGAUUUGAAUUGGCUAUAACUUCUUUAAUUUUGGGCCAAAUUUAAAAAAUUUUUUUUCCCCAGAAUCCCCAGACAACCCCAUUUUGUCUGAUACCAAAUAUGUUAUACAUAGGUAAGUGUCAGCUACAGUUAUUGGAUUUAUUCUUGAAGUUCAUUUUUUUGGUCGUUUUUCGGUUGUUUUUUCGGCCUUUCCCGGUGUGUCCGAAAAUGGAGUACGGUGCGGCAGAAAAAUACGAUGGAAUUUCCCCUCCUGAAAAUCGACGAUGAGAAUAAGAACAAAAAGUGAAGAUCAACCUCCAGAGUUCGUCGAAUGGUCCUUGGUGAAGGCAUUCCCUCGGUUCUGGCCAAACUUCGUGUACUCAUAUGCGAAUUUUCUCGGAAGUUUGACAAAACUUCUUCAAUUUUCAACUACGUUCGUACCCAUCUUUCCUGCUUUUUUUGUUUCCUGUUAAUGCUGCCAGUCUCAAGGAACUUAUUCCACCAACGCCGAAUUGUCUUGCGAUCUGGGUUGGGCCUUACGUCCGUAUUUCACCCGGUAUUCCCUUUGAACAUUUAUCGGCGAACCGUAUUUGCCAUACCAAACCACACAGACCAAGCUUUUUUUCCACACCGUACUCCAUUUUCGGACACACCGGGAAAGGCCGAAAAAACAACCGAAAAACGACCAAAAAAAUGAACUUCAAGAAUAAAUCCAAUAACUGUAGCUGACACUUACCUAUGUAUAACAUAUUUGGUAUCAGACAAAAUGGGGUUGUCUGGGGAUUCUGGGGAAAAAAAUUUUUUAUAUUUGGCCCAAAAUUAAAGAAGUUAUAGCCAAUUCAAAUCGGGCACCGAAUUUGGUACACCCUGUAUUUACUUCUAUGAUCUGGACCAUCAAUCCGAAGUAACCGCUGUUUGUGAGGUUUGGCUUGAGUUCACCGAGCAAAGAAAAAAAUAAUAAAGUUGCCCUGAUCUUCCAGCUAACCGGCCAAAUGAAGGUUUGAUUUAUUUAGGCCGGUCUGGAGGCCUUCAUCACGGUACGUGCUAAAUCCAAGACGCCGUUUACUACUUGUACAUAACCGGGUAAGAAGGAUAUUAUGCGCAAUCCGGAAGCCAUCUCGGCCGCCCACAAGAGCCAAUUUAGCCAGACGACCAUGGCUUUGGACGACUUCGAGAACUGUCAACUCUUCAGCGCCUUCCGCAAAGGAAACUUCGGGGACUGGCGGUUUCUUUAGAAGAAUUUACCUCAUGACAGAACUUAUCCUCAUUCCUCAAGGAAGUUACAUGAGAUGGUACAGGUUUACAAAUACGUUGCAAGUUUCUUAGAAGCCCAUGAAGAUAGAAUACAAGUUUUGGCGGUGCACGUCAAACUGAGGAAUCCGGUGACCGGAACAGACCCUUCGCUAUCGGUUUUUUCAUUUCGUCUUGAUUUCCAGAGAAAGAGAGAAUGUUGUGGAGCGUCAAACGUCUCCACAAUUCCCACAGAAAUUAGCAUAAACCAAGUCAUAUAAAAGCAACGUCUCGUCACCAAUUAUGAUCAGAAUUAAUCCCAUUUCUCUUUUCCCUGUGUGCGGUUGCAAUAAACCUAAUUCUAACGUGUGUCUAUCCAUUACCUCUACCUAUCUCUACAUUUGAUCCUACGCCACAUGGGGGCUGCGCUGGUGUAGGAAGAUCCCGGAGAACCGUUUGUAUUGGAGCAAUUACAGGUAUUGUUCAAUCGCAUUUUUUGUUACCACUGAUACUAGCCACACCAGUGUCUGUCUUUAGAUUCCUACUUAGUGGCUCGGUACGAUCAUUAUCGUACAAAUUGUGUGUUCUCUUUGUGUUAGGGCAAUAGUUCCCUCCGUGUUGUAUAUUUUCGGGUUAGAUCCCCGCCUUUUCCUGGGUUAAAUCCCCUCCGUUCGGGUUAGAUCCCCGCCUUUUCCUGGGUUAAAUCCCCUUCAUUCGGGUUAGAUCCCCGCCUUUUUUUGGGUUAAAUCCCCGCAUCUUGGGUUAGAUCCCCACCUUUAUCUGUGUUCCUCUUGGUCUCUUGUCGUUAGAUUCGUUUUCGUCAUGGCUGAGCAUCCGGACGCGGUUGAGAAUCAUUCUCACCUGUCUUCGGCUUCCACCGUUACCCUUUUGAACCCGGCCGAUAUCGCAGCUGCACCAUCGAUGUUCUUUAGAAGAGCACGCUCGUCAUCGUGCCAUCAUCUCCGGGUUCCGUCCGACCCCCGAGAACAACCGGCAGAUUGCGACCUUAUUCGCAACAUUUGUCAACGAUCCAACCACAUAUCGAGAGAUUAAAGCCGUGUGCCGCACUAUCUACACCUUGAUCACCUUCGACUUCGCUCGUAUACUCAGUCGUUUAGAAAAUCCGUUGAUUCGCCUGACCGACCUCUCGGAUAUUCCAUCGUUUACCCUGAAGCUGUUCAGUGAGAUCUUGGAGUCCCUAAAGACUGUUGAAACCGACUUCCGGACUGCGUUGUAUGAUCUAGAGGAUCUAGAACUUUCUCACCAGGUCCCCUCCGCCACUGCUCAACUUUAUGUGGAUUCUUUGUCGUGUUCUUUGGUUAGUGAGAUGCUCGGUUAUUGGAUUGAGAGUUCCAUGGACGCUAUCCAACGAUGUCAAGAAGCAUGUGCUAGGGUUGAAUUGCAGAAUAGUCAGUCCAGAUCUAGUUUUCUCGCUUCUCCUCAAUUAGGUAACUUGAAUCCGGUAUCCUCGUCUCCAGUGUCCCCUCGAUCCACUUUCCUCGAUCUCCAUAAGAUUCGGAUCAACAAAUUUUCUGGUAAACCUGAGGAAUUUUCCCAGUUUUUCGGCGUUUUGACGAAUGCCUUAGAUAGCAACUCUCACUACUCGGAAAUGAGCAAAAUAACCUUUGUCUUGUCUCUUUUGGCCGGCGAGCCUCUUGAGAUGAUUCAGGCGAUUCCGAUCGUUGAAGGAAGUCUGCGCCUUAUUCUGAACGCUCUUCAGAGACGCUAUGGAGACAAACGAGCUCAUUAUCAACGUCUCCUAAAGGAAUUGAAAGACAAGAAGUACUCUGUUCCUCGUACUCAAGCUGAAUUGAAGGACUGGUACUAUCGACUCAUGAUCAUGCGUGAUUCUCUCGUUUCCUCGCCUUCUCUCUCGAAUGUCCACUCUCCAGGUCUCUUGUCAGAGAAUGAGUUGUUCAUCUCCCAUGUUCUCGAGUCGCUUCCUGAAGAUAUCCAUCGAUCUAUUGAGCUGCAUUUUGAGCAUUCGGCUAUUGUGCCUACUGUAGAUGACAUCCUAUCCUACCUUGACAGUAUCAUCCGUUCGCGUGAAAGGUUCUCAUUGAGUCGGGACAAGGAUUCUCACUUUCGCUCGCCACAGUUAUCCAAUACUUCGAAUUUUCAUCGAGAGAGGUGUGCAUUUUGUGAUCGAAGCCAUCGUUCAAAGGAUUGCCGAACAGUAUCAGAUCAUUCCAGGAGACAACAGGUGAUUCGUGAGAAGAAUUUAUGUGCUCGUUGUCUUUGUCGAAGUCAUGUGUCCUCACAGUGUCGUUCUCCAAUGUGUAGUCAGUGCCAAGGUGAUCAUCACAUUUCGAUUUGUUCUCAGGCUUUCCCUUCUUCGAACUUUAACUUUAACCAACCCCAUCGGUCUUUCUUUGGUCAGUCGACCCACUCGUCUCCUCCGUUAUCCUCGACAUUCCCGAAUAAUCUUGAGACUCCUCGGGCUUCCAGCUUUCCUCCAUCUAAUCCUCCGGCGGUUCAACCAACUAAUGGACCAUCAGUUCAGAUGAGAACGGUUUCCUUGCCCCAAAAUGAGGAAGUUAUGUCCCCAAUGGUGACAGUGAGCGGAUUUCGUGAUCCCGUGAAAGCUUUUAUCGAUACGGGCUCUCAGGUUUCUUUUGUUGACCUUGGAUUCUGUCGUUCCCUCCAAUUACCUCUCGAUUCUCCGAUUAUCCGCACAGUGAUUCCCGUUGGUGGAAAUGUCCAAUCGAUCCAAACAUUCAAGACAUCGGUGUCUAUUGUUCCCAAAUCUGGUCCACCUGUUGCAUUCCGUGUUCUCGCAAUUGAAAAUCUCCACGAGUUUUUCAUGGGCCAGCCGGCUGACUCUGGUCAAGUGCCGAUUCGUAUUGUUCUCGGGCAAGAUUGCCUCGCAAAAUUGGAAAUACAAUCUUCGAACCACGUUACCCCAGAUGGACUUCGAGUCAUGUCUUGUCGCUUUGGUCAUUUUCUUGUCUCGGAAAACUCGGACGAAUGGUGUUCAGACUACCCAAUCGAUUUUUGCCGGAUUCGAAAAUCCACAUUUUUUGCGAAUAGAAAGAAAAAGAAAUCUGUGGCUCCAAAAAUUAUUUCUCCAGUGGAAAAUGCUGCUGACGUUGUGAACUCGUAUAGUCAUCCACUUCGAAAGUCACCGGAUCCUAUUGUGAACUCUCUGCCGCUUUCCACUCAUUGUGAACCCGCCGUGGAGGUUGGGCAUGUAUUGCCGUGGGGCAAUAGUCUAUUGCAGAAGCCUAAUCGAGGUCCAAACCUCAAAUACAUUUCGGUUUCCCACUCGAACCCGUGUACGAUGGUCCCUCGUAACCUGCCACAAAGUGAUUUGCCUAUGAAUCGUCGAAUUAAAUGCAAGUACAAACCAAAGGAACACGAACUUUCCCUCGAUUAUGAACUUACCAAGAGCCCCAAAGUUCCCUGGAAGUGCCCUGCGAAGUUCAACUGGUACCUGCCCCAUGCCAACCCGACCCAGAAGGAAGAGCCGGACAUGUUGUGGAGCGUCAAACGUCUCCACAAUUCCCACAGAAAUUAG